AUGGGCAUAAAAAACUGCCCUAUACAAGAUAUAAAUUUGUGCUCUGAUCAAACUCCAACUUUCAUUGAAUGGCUCAAGCCACUACCCUUUCCAUCUUCUUCUUCAUCCAUCACACACCAAAUUAUUGAUCAAAUCAAUAACCCCAUGAGUUUCUUGAAAUAUCCUCUCUAUUAUCAACAGCAACCCCCAAAAGAAGAAUACAAUAUAUACGAAACUAUCAAAUGCUUGCCUCUUCUUAGCAGAUUCAAAGAGGAAAAAAGUUUGAAAAAUGAAGAAGAUGAUGAUGAAGAUGGAGCAAAAAAGGAGGAAAAGAUGGAAAAAGUGACUGUGGCUCUGCACAUAGGGUUGCCUAAUGUGGGAGCUUUCGAUACUGAAAGUAAACCCUACAAUUUUAAAGAAGAAUAUGAAAAGAAGAGAUCUAAUGUUUGCAGUUUCAACAGUAGUGAUCAGAGGAGAUUUUGGAUCCCAACACCAGCACAGAUUCUUGUUGGACCCAUGCAGUUUUCAUGUAAUAUAUGCAACAAGACCUUCAAUAGGUACAACAACAUGCAGAUGCACAUGUGGGGGCAUGGUUCUGAAUACAGGAAAGGACCGGAAUCUCUGAGAGGAACACAACCAGCAGCAAUGCUGAGGCUUCCCUGCUAUUGUUGUUCUCAAGGCUGCAAGAACAACAUCAACCAUCCACGUGCUAAGCCGUUGAAGGACUUUAGAACACUUCAGAGUCACUACAAAAGAAAGCAUGGAACCAAGCCAUUUAUGUGCAGAAAAUGUGCAAAAUCUUUUGCUGUGAAAGGAGAUUGGAGGACACACGAGAAGAACUGUGGAAAACUAUGGUACUGCACCUGUGGCUCUGAUUUUAAACACAAAAGAUCACUCAAGGAUCAUAUUAGAUCAUUUGGGAAGGGUCACUCUCCAUAUCCUUCUCUUGAAGGGUUUGAAGAUGAAAAAGACUGUGUUACAGGCGGCUCUGAAGAUGACAAUGCAUGA